GCAUGGGCAAAACAUAACUCUACAAUUAUACAUCAAAAGAAUCAAUUCAACGAUACAAAAUCAAACGAUCAAACUCAAGACUUCUGUUGGUUCUUGAUCAAUAAAAGAAAAACCGAAAAGUGAAAAGAGUCUUUCAUACUUGUGGGAUAAGCGCGCCGGCUCUAGGAGACGCGUUGGUUUUGUUUAUUUGCUGCCGGACCGAAUUGAUAGGAAAACGACAGGCGGGGGUUUAACGCAUAAAACGAUCCUGAACGAAAUACACCAAAACGAGAACAAUAGUAGUAAGGGAAAAGAGGAGAAAAUGGCUCCAGCAACGAGAUCGUUAAGAAGAGAUAAGGCGGAGAGCUUGGCGGACAGUACGGAGGCGGCAGCGGAUCAACUGGUCAAUGGAGAUUUGAGCCAUCUGCAAACAGUUGAUGAUUUGGAUGAAUACUACUCGAAGAAGGAGGCAGCGAAGAGAGAGAAUGAUGAGAAUUCAAUGCUUGUCAAGUCAAUGCUCGACGACUCUGGAUUCUCACAGCGGAAACCAUCGAAGGUGCCAGAUCUAUUGAGGUUUCCCUUGGUGGUAGUUCUCAGUUUGAUGGGAAGUGGGUUGGCUUAUAGUUUGCGUGCGAGUUACAUUGAGGCAGAGGAGUUGGGAAGCGUUAGUAAGAGGUAUCAGGGAUGGGAAGAGGCAGCUGGGUUGGUUGCGUGGAGGACUGCGGAAUUGGCAUUAGGUUGGUUUGGCAAUUAUGAUGGGUAUGAUUUUGCGGCUAUGACUUUGUUAUCUCGAGGUCCUCCAUUGUAUCUUCUAAACGCAUUCUAUGAGGUUAGUGUGAAGACUGUUGUGUCAUCUCUUCUGAUCGAUACCCUCACAACCUAUGUUCCAUUCCGAUUACUUCGACCUCUUUCUCCCGCUCAUGCAGACGCUCCAUCUGUACCAAACCGAGAUAUUACUUCAGAUAUUCCAGUUCAGAUCAUUACCACACUCCUAGCGGCAUCUAUCUACAGCGUCACUCUCUACGGUGCAUAUAUGUCCUACAUGCCUAUUUACCUCGUUACCUAUUUUGAAGGUAUCCCAUCUAUUGCCGCCGCUCACUCCGCAACUCCCACUUCUCUCCUUCCCGUCAUGUUACUUUUAGGCCUCGCAACACGUUCGUUCAUUUUCACACCAGUUACAGCUACCAAGCCUUCAGACUCGGUACCUCCACCAUUCAACCCUGAAACUGCUACGUUGGGAGAGACUAUUCUUUAUAAUUUGUGGGGCUUUUCGAACAAAACUAGAAUUAUUAUCAAGAGAACGGCUACUUUGAUGAUGGUUACAGGUGUUAACACCUUUUUGCAAACGUAUGUUACUGUUGAGGGAGUUGAGGCGCUUGGUGCUGUGGCGUAUUCGGGUAUUUGGGUUGUGGCUGCGGGAAUUUGUGGGGGUGUAUUGGGGUUUGUGGGUGCGGUUUAGGGAGGAAAGUGUGAUGCAGUUUUUAUGGCUUGACGUUGAGAGAAAUUGGAGGUGGGUACAUUAGGGAAGAUGAAGGAGAGAAUUACUGUACAUGGAAGAAGACGCAUAUGGAUCUUGCUAUUUCCUCUUUUUGGGAUUUAUUGAUUUGGCGGAGUAUCGCUGACUGGCUGAAGCGAGACCUUUUUGAUUUGUUCACUGGCUUGAGAUACAGGGGAAUAUGUUCACAUGUUUACUUAUCGACACGGCGAGAAGGGUUAGGGGAUCAAUCUACUCACCGGAGGGGGGGGAUAAUCAUAAACACAUUCAAGUAAUCGUUGGCGGGUGUGAUGAUAUGUUUUACCGUAUUCCAUCGUAUUCUUUAUGGUUGUGAAUUCUUGAAAGGGAGCGCAGAUAGAUGAUUUUGAUGGGUGUAGAAGUGAUGUUCUAUGCCGAUAUCAAAGUUAUUUCUAAAAAUAGAUGCAUGUAUUGAUUCCAACAAAGGGGCAUGUGUGUAUGGGGUACAUCUACAUAUCAUACAAGAAUGAGGAGAAUCUGGAUUGAAACUUUUAUUGUAUUGAUAGGUACGUAGGUACGUAGGUACUUGUAGAUACUUUGAGAAAUGAUACUGCAACUGUCCAUAUGCGAUAGGACUAGUCUGACAUUGGAGAUGGGAGAGUAAGCAGGCAUUUUAUUCCUUUCAGAUCGUAUUGUGUAAUCUUGUGACCCAUAGCUUAACCGCA